AUGCGUUGCCGUGACGGAGCCUUGCGGGGACGUGCGGCCUAUAAAAGAAAUGCAGAAGAUUGUGUGGGGCUUACUGGGUGGUGCGGUGGCCGCAGAGUGGGGCUGCCGCUUCUGCUCUUGCAGCGGGGAAUAUGCUGCCGCACUCUUUUUUUGUUGGUUGCGUCGGGGGCAAAUGUGCCGGCAUCUGACAAUCUGCGGGUUCCACCGCCACGACGACCGAAGGAGGCGGAGACGUCUGCGGCGGCCUUCGCAGGCUGUGCCCCGUGCGGCCCAGUCGUGUGGCAAACAGUUCCCUCGCGGAAUUCACGUGCACCGCACCACGUGCUGGGCGCGGCGUGUAUUUGCGUCGCAGGGGAGAAUGCGGCGUCCCUCCUUCUUGCGGGUGAACGAACAGGGGCGGGGUGCUCUGCUCCUUCGCACCUCGGAAAAAUUGCAGUGCAAAUUGUCACCGCGACGAGGCAGUCAAUUUCACUAUGA